UGGCACUGUGGCUUUGUUGAACGCGAAGCUAGGGAAGUGCGCAGGUGAGCCAGAUCGUCUCUCGAGUCAGACCCACUCGUCAAGUACUCCCACCGAGUAUUGCGAUUUUGUCAAUCAACCCCAACCGCUUCACUUUUCAUUAGACAAUUAACCUUUUCCAUUACCAAACACUCUUGCCAUUCACUUUUGAUCUGUCACCCAUAACCCAUUUAGGUAUUCCGCUGUUUUUCGGCUGUCUUAAGGCUAAAAGCAAAACCCAUUUUCUUCUCACGCACUUCUAAUCCCUGAACCCGCACUCCUAAUUUAGGAAGACCCAUGAAAAAGAACUGGGUUUUAAGGGAAAAAAGCUUCGUACUUCAAAUUGGGUAGAUCUAGUGCUUUCAGCGCAAUUUUUUGAAAAUAAAGACUGUUUCUGAAGUGGGUAUUAGACUUCACUUAUAAUUAUCCAUUUGCGAAGAGAAAGGAAUUUUCUUUUGCAGUUCUUGGAUGUUGGUCUUGUGAGACAUCGAUGAUUCAACUGUUCUUCAAGAGAAUUUCACUCUUCCUUCUAUGUUUUGCUUACUCGUGGAUCUAUGAGCUUUGAAGCUAGCGGGUCGUGGAGUGAGUUUUCGUUUUUGUUCUCUUGAGGUACUAAUAUUUGCACAAAAUAUCAAAGCAAAGUCAUUUCAUUGAGCAGAGAUGUAUCAGUUGUGGAUCUUGCUUCUGUGUGUUGAGGGUGUGGUAGCAUUCCUUCUAUUGGUGGAGAUUGGGCCACUUAGAGAGCUUUUGAUUAAGUUUCUGGAUCUGCUCAAAACGGGAACAGGUUCUGUGAUUGUCUUAACUGUUGCGGGUUUCAUGUUUAUGAUAUUCGGGUCAAAUGUUAUGAGCAUUAUCAACAUCCGGAACAAGGGCUCAAGGCUUGGCAGCACCUCACCCAUGGAUCAGGUUCUUUAUAGAACCCACUGGCUUGAUGCUUCGUACUUGGGUUUUAUCCUAGUUCUUGUAUUCAUAAUUGAUCGUGUGCACUGUUAUCUUAAAGAGCUUAUUGAGCUGAGGAAUAAUGUGGGAUCUUCGACAGAUGAAGUUGAAAAUCUUUGGAAAAAGAACAGACAAUUUAAGGAUAGGGAGGAUAAAACAUCCAAAGAAAUGAAACUGUUGCAAGACGAAAUUUCAACUCUAUCGGAGUCUUUGAAGAAGCUUAAGUUGGAAUGCCAAGGGAAGGAUCAGAAGAUUGAAACUGCUGAAGCCCAUGUCACUGCGCUUCAAAAACAAUCUGCGGAACUACUACUGGAAUAUGACCGCCUUUUGGAAGAAAAUCAAAAUCUUCAAUCUCAAGGUCUAGGACACAGGAGUUAAGGAAAUCUUGGAAGAUGCCAACUAUUCUUGCUCUGCGGAUAUUUUUCCGAUAAUAUUGAUCAAACAUCAACUAUAUUUUCCCAGAAGGAACAAUGGUAGACAAAUUUUUCAAGGAAUACAAUGAUCAAUGAGUAGUAGCUCCAUUUUGAGGUCUUGAAAUUUUUUUUAGUUUUCUGGAAUCUAGGAUCUUUGGUGUUUCAAUCUUUUUUUUGUGGCGUUGAUAUCAACUUUCUUCCAGUUUUAUCCAAUUGAUUCUGUAGUUUGAUAUGAACAUAUUUAUGUAAUCCUGACAGUGUUGUAAUCUGAACCAUAUGGAUAUUGGGGAGCAUGGAAUUUCCUUCUCAAUA